AUGUCAGCGAAAGUAUACGUUGGUAACCUGAGUUGGAACACCAACGAUGACUCGCUUCACCAGGCGUUCUCUCAGUUCGGAACGGUUACAGAUGUGCGCGAUCCUGUCAAAGGAUCCCCCCCAUCAUUGCACAACGAUGGGUCGAGAUUCGUUGUUCAUUCUAUCGUCAUGAAAGACCGUGAAACAGGUCGCUCGCGUGGCUUUGGCUUCGUCACAUUCAAUAGCGUAGAUGAGGCUAAUGCCGCCAUUAAUGGCCUGCAUGAGCAAGACCUCGACGGCAGACGUCUCAAAGUCAACAUGGCAAAUGCUAGACCCAGUGGUGGAGGCGGAGGCUAUGGCGGUGGAGGUGGAGGUUACGGUGGUGGAGGCGGAGGCUACAGUGGUGGAGGUGGUUAUGGUGGAGGUGGUUACAACAGCGGUGGCGGUGGCGGAGGCUGGUGA